AUGAUGACCUCUGGGGAAGUAUCCUAUUAUCAUACUAUAUCUAACUUGGAUUCCAUAUUGAGCUCCUCAAUCAUUCCAGCAGUUGUCAUACAUGCUGAAGAAGAUGAUAACCUCGUCUCAGCUGCUUAUAUACAGGCAGUCCUGGAAAGAUUCGGGGAGAAGGAUGAUGUGUUCACCCCCAAAUUUGCAGACAGUGGUGUUUUGAUAGUGAUUUACGACACCAAUCAGCCACCACUGUCUGCUGGUGAUUCUUUCACAGAGUUCACGAGAGAACGCUUUGUGGGAGGAGUAAUCUUUCAGAAAACAAAGAACAAGGCUCGUUGGCUCGAGGGGCCCUAUUUCCUCCAGGGGAAGGACAUACACCAAGCGUGGCGUCUUUAUCCUGACUACCUAGGUGCCUUUACUACCGCCGUAGUCCCUGCAGAAAGUAGCUCUUUAUUCUUCCAACCUCUGAAAUGUAUCUCGUCAGAUGGGUUGCAUCCGGCUGUCGCCGUGCCUUCGCGCCUUCAUUCACCAAUCAGCGCCGAGAAGCCCUUGAAUGGAUUGCGCAUCGCCGUGAAAGACAAUUAUCACCUUGCUGGAACUGUAACGACUCACGGGAGCCGUUCCUACGCCAAAUGCUAUGGAGUUCAGAGCACCACAUCAACUUAUGUGGAGCGUCUGAUAGAGAUGGGAUGUAUUGUGGUCGGUAAAACUAAACUGUCCUCAUUUGCAGGCACCGAAGUUCCCCCAAAAGGGCCUAUCGACUAUUUGGCCCCGUUUAAUCCUAGAGGAGAUUUAUACCAGAACCCCGCUGGUAGUUCCAUGGGCGCUGCGGCUGCUGUUGCAGGAUAUGACUGGUUAGACGUGUCUUUGGCUACAGAUACUACUGGAAGUACACGUGCACCAGCCGCCAACAAUGGUGUAUGGGGAAUGAGGACUACCUGGGGCACAUUCCCUAUGGAUGGAAUCAUACCCAGUGCGAAACCAUUUGACACUGUAGGCUUGCUGGCGAGGGACGCAGCAAUCUUACAUCAGCUUUUGAAGCCAUAUGAGCAUGCCCUGAUUUCUGGACAUCUUCCAACACAAAUUUUGUACCCCACUGACUGGCUUCCCAUCAAGAACGAAAAACAGCAAAAAAUGAUUGACAAAUUCACAUCUUGCCUGGAGACUUUCCUCGGGACAACACGCACGGAGAUUUCGUUGUCAAAUGAAUGGACAAAGUCAGCACCUGAGCCUUUGAGGGGUACCAAACUGGCGGACUAUCUGAGAAAGACUGGCUACUGGAUCAAUAUGUAUGAUGGAUACCAUAAUUUUGGCGAGUUCCGGGACCUGUACGAGCAAAAGUUUAACGAGGCACCAUACAUCAGUCCGGUUCAGACGAGCAAAUGGGAAUCCGGACGACUCGUCACACCGGAGCAACGAGCCGAAGCCGUAGAACAGAGCACGACUUUCAAGAAUUGGAUUAAAGAAAAUAUCAUCAAAGAUGGCACGACGAUCAUGGUAGUCGCAGUUGGAAAUCCAGGACCAAGUUACCGUGAUGAACUUCCUCCUCCGGUCCCUUCAGGACCAGGUGGCUCCUACAACGCGAAUUUCUUUGCUACGAUUCUUGGGUUGCCGCAAAUAAUUGUUCCAGUCGGCCAACUCCCUUUCACAUCUAAGGUGACCAAGCGUACUGAGUACAUACCAGUUGUUGCUGGACUCGUUGGUGGAGCAGGUAUGGAUGAUACCCUGGUUCGAGUUGCAAUGGAUGCCCUGAACAGAGCUGGCUGGCCUGUGAAGGUUCUUGCUGGUCGUAGGGCAUUCGCUUUUAGUGAUGAAAAAAGCGGUGCUGCUGGAGAAGACCAAAUAGAGAGCGCAAAAAUGUGA